AUGACAGCGCUGGGCUUAGUCAACACCCUUAGAGCCAAGACCCGCACAGUGGACCCAGCUGCCCUAAAGGAUGACGACUACGGAUGGGGAACGUACAAGGAAUUGAGAGGGGUCGAUACGAAAACUCUGACAAGGCAAGAGCUGCGGAGCCAUCUCGAGGCUCGAGACCUAGCCACCACAGGGAACAAAGGGCAACUAGCCCUGCGGCUAGAAGCGUCCGUGGUAGAGGAACAGACCAAGGCCUACGCGGACGCAGAAGAUGCGGAGUUUCAACUAGGAGCAGACCUGGAAGAGCGAGGAGCUGUGUACGUUGCCGGGGUAAACUCCAGCGGGCAGCUUGGCUUGGGGGAUUGGGCACCCCGGGACCGAUUUGAGGUGGUGCGCGAGACGAGAGGGGCGGGUGUUUCCUUCGUGGCAGCUGGGUACGACAUAUCGUUUGCGGUAACGGAAGAUCACGAUGUCUUGUCGUGGGGUGCCAAGGGGAUUGGGGCUACAGGACACCGGUUGGGCACGGGAGCUUUCGACGAUGACGACGAGGAUUUGUACAUGGAGCCCCGACCCAUCCGCGAUCUGGUGGGCGAGGAAAUCUGCCAGGUACAGGCUGGCUCUAGUCACUGUCUUGCGGGGUCGAUGGGGGGUGAUCUGUACGUUUGGGGGAGGGGAGAAUCCGGGCAGCUGGGGCUCGGGGACCGUGAGUCAAAGCAGAUCCCGGUUCUCAAUGCAGGUUUUCCAGAAGGAACAGAGGUGUCGCAGGUUGCGGUCGGAGAGAACCACUCUUUGGUCUUGACAAAGGCCGGGGGCGUCUAUUCAUGGGGCCACGGAGAUCGAGGGAGGUUGGGGGUUGGUGCUUGUUGGAGAGUGGGGGUGCCGCAAUCUGAGAAGAACAUUUUUCCCACCCCUAUGCUCCUCCACACCUUCUCCAAAGAGGUCGUUCGACAGGUGUCGUGCGGGCCGAGCUUUUGUUUAGCGGUCACGGCAGCGAACGUUUGGUCUUGGGGGGCAGGCGAGGGCUGCGUGUUGGGGCACGGAGAUACCCUCACGAGAGAGACUCCUGUGCAGAUCGAAGCCUUCAAGGGGAGCGUGGUGCUUCAGGCAGAAUGUGGGACGUGGCAUUGUGCGGCACUGGUGUUGGUCCCUCCCUGCAAGGACGGGGGAUAUCUCUACACGUGGGGGUCUGGGUACCACGGUCAGCUGGCGCUGGGCACGCGGCAGGUGCAGCCGACGCCGGCGAUCGUGGCCAAGCUCCUCGCCACUCAGCAGCUGCUGAGGAAGGUCUGGUGCGGGUCGCACCACUGCGCCGCUGUCACCACCGACGGCGAGCUGUACACGUGGGGAUCCAACCGGACCGGCUGCCUAGGGAGAGCUCUCCCAGAUCUCAACAACGAGCCAUCGCGUGCUCGGUUCGUUCCUCGGUUCGUUCUUCUCGGAAAGGAAGACGGCGAGCAAUAUUCUGCCGACCCGGGGCAUGUCGGGGGGUUCGGAGUGUUGGUGGACGGCGUGGGCAGAGGCCUGCCUAGGGCGGUGGCAUGCGGGAAAGAGUUCACGCUGGUGGCGACUUACCCGUACGAGGGGCCCGUUUUGGAGGUGGCGAAGCAAGUGAUGCAAGCAUCGGCGAUAGAAGAGGAGGAGAUUAGGCUGCUGGAAGAGGAGCAGAUCCGACACCAAGAGAAAACAGGAAAGGAGAGAAAAAAGGAGCUGGCGAGAGUGGCAGAAAUGGCCCUGGGGCUCUCGGGGAAGGUCCCGACGAAGCUGUGCUCUAUUUGCGAGGACUGCCCGGGCUUUCGGCCGACCCCAACUAGAGAGAGCAUCUGCCUUGGGUGCCACCACAGCGUGUCGUUUCACACUCAGGUCAACUCCGCCGAAGCGGCAGCCAGCUACUCCGCUGCAGACUCCUUGGCCAAGUACUAG